ACCAUGAAACACCAAACUAGCUACACCAAACAUAUAUUCUCUUCUUUUUUUGUUUAAACUUUCUCUUUUUUUUUUUUUUUUAUAACUUCAAUCACAAUGAUUCGUCACGUUUUGUUAAUAUUCUCUAUUCUCAUUUCAACCACCACCGUAGGAGGACAAGGAGCCAAGGCGCCAUACAAGCCAGCUGAUGUAUUUCUCUUCAACUGCGGCGAUACUUCCAACAACCUCGACGAUACUGGCCGGAACUGGACGGUUGAAGAUCCCAAAACCAUGUCGUCUAAUUUAGUCAACGCUUCGUUCACUUCAGAAGCCUCAUACCAAGAAUCAGGUGUUUCUCAGAUCCCAUACAUGAAAGCUAGAAUAUUCCGAUCUCAGUUCACCUACACUUUCCAAGUCACUACUCCCGGCUCGAAAUAUCUCCGGUUAUACUUUUAUCCGACCCGAUACGGAUCCAACUUCGACGCCGUCAAUUCCUUCUUUUCCGUCAAAGUCAACGGCUUCACUCUCUUGAACAACUUCAGCGCUGACUUAACGGUAAAAGCUUCUAAAACCAAAACAGAGUUUAUUAUAAUCAAAGAGUUUAUAAUUCCCGUUAACCGAACGUUAAAUCUCACGUUCACGCCGUCUACGAAUUCGUUAGCUUUCAUCAACGGGAUCGAGAUCGUCUCCAUGCCUCAACGGCUUUACACUAAGGGUGGAUUUGACGACGUUAUAACAAACGUUGGUAGCUCCGUUGACUUUUAUAUAGAAAACUCAACUGCUUUCGAGACGGUUUACCGGUUAAACGUAGGGGGACGAACCGUCGGAGAUUCGGGUAUGUUCCGACGAUGGCUCUCUGAUGAUGAGGUCGUGCUCAAUCAAAACUCAGGAACCACUCCGAUGGUACGAGAUAUAAAGAUUAACUACACGGUGAAAACUCCUGCGUACGUUGCGCCGGAAGACGUGUACGCCACGUCACGUUCAAUGGGGAACGCAGAUCACCCUGAGCUAAACUUGAAUUUUAACCUAACUUGGUUAUUCAACGUUGACGCCGGGUUUAACUACCUUGUGAGGCUUCAUUUUUGUGAGACUCUACUUGAAGUGAACAAAGCGGGUCAACGUGUCUUCUCAAUCUUUAUCGACAAUCAGAUUGUUACUCUUGAGAUGGACGUGUUUAGGUUGAGCGGUGGUUCUUGGAUUCCGAUGUAUCUUGAUUAUAAUGUGAUUGUUGGUUCGGGAAGUGGUGUGAGACAUGAUCUAAGGCUUGACUUGCAUCCGUUGAGAAGCGUUAAUCCAAAGUACUAUGAUGUUAUUUUGAAUGGUGUUGAGAUUCUCAAGCUGAUUGAUCCUAAUGGUAACCUCGCCGGACCUAAUCCAGAUCCUCUGGUAUCACCAAACAAUCCUCUGGUAUCACCAAACAGUGUAACGCCGCAGAUUCAAAAAGGUAAUAAGAAGUCAAAUGUUUUGGUGAUUAUACUUGGAGUGGUUGGUUCUUCGAUUGUAUUAGCAAUGUUUGUUGUUGGUGUUGUUGUUAUUAUAAUGAGGAAGAAGAAGAAGAAGAAGAAGAAGAGGUGCAACGAGUUUGGAGUGCAUACCACGAAAACAAAAUUGGCCACAUCACUCCCAUCGGAUCUCUGUCGUAGGUUCUCCAUCUCCGAAAUCAAAUCUGCCACAAAUGAUUUUGAGGACAAGCUAGUUGUUGGAGUAGGCGGGUUUGGUACUGUCUACAAAGGACGAAUAGAUGGUGGAGCCACGCUUGUUGCGGUUAAACGGCUGGAUAUUACAUCAAACCAAGGUGCCAAAGAGUUCGAAACAGAGGUUGGGAUGCUCACUAAGCUCAGACAUGUUCAUCUAGUCUCUCUAAUCGGAUACUGCAGCGACGAAAACGAAAUGGUGCUUGUUUAUGAGUAUAUGCAACAUGGUACAGUUAGGGACCAUCUCUACAAGAGGGAUAAGUUCUCUGAUCCUCCAUUGUCGUGGAAACGUAGACUAGAGAUCUGCAUUGGAGCCGCUCGUGGACUACAAUAUCUCCAUACUGGCGCGAAGCACACGAUCAUACAUCGAGACAUCAAAACUACAAACAUACUUCUUGAUGAGAACUUCGUUGCUAAAGUAUCUGACUUUGGUUUAUCAAGAGUCGGUCCUACAAGUGCUUCUCAAACGCAUGUCUCCACCGUCGUCAGAGGAACGCUUGGUUAUUUGGACCCUGAGUACUUUCGCCGUCAAGUCUUGACCGAAAAAUCUGACGUGUACUCCUUUGGAGUUGUUCUGUUCGAGGUUUUGUGCUGUAGACCGAUCAAAAUGCAAAGUGAUCCACUAGAGCAAGCGGAUUUGAUCCGAUGGGUAAAGGAAAACUACGAGAAAGGAACUGUUGAUCAGAUCAUUGACCAAGAUCUAAGUGUCGAUAUCACUUCGGUAUCAUUGGAGAAGUUUUGUGAGAUAGCUGUAAGAUGUGUUCAAGAUCGCGGUAUUGAACGGCCAUCGAUGAACGAAGUCGUUUGGGCGCUUGAGUUUGCGCUUCAGCUUCAUCAGACUGAUAAGAAGAAUGACAAUGUGGAGUCUCUAGAUCUAAUGCCUCUUGGUGAGGUUGGUACAACUACCGACGGAGAAGAUGACUUGUUUAGUAGGACUAGAGGAGAGGAAGCGAAAUCGACCGCAGCCAGUGACUCUGUUCCUCAGGUUGGUAAUGAAAGGAGUGGUUCAAGUUGGGGAGAACCUAAAGCACGGUAGAUUUGAUGGAUUGAUAAACAAGUGUAUUACAUUUCUGGUUAGGGUUAUAUAUUUUGUGUAUGUAUAAUUGUUGAAUAAAAACAUUAUUGUACUUACAAUA